AUGUGGUGUGGGUUUUACAUGGGCUUGGACCGCCUCUGGCUGGGGUCGAUGGAGGAUGAAGAAAGUGAAGCCAAUGAGAAUGCCAAUGGAGGAUCUGGAGAUGAAGAAGGUGGAGUUAGGGUCGAUGAAGGAUCUGGAGAGGGAUGUUAUUUUUUUAAGUGUUUAAGCUGA